UGCUGUUGGGUCCUGCUCCUCGCUCUUAGCGGAUCUCUGACAUGGAGGAAAUGCUGUCAUUCAGGGAUGUGGCCAUUGAUUUCUCUGCAGAGGAGUGGGAAUGCCUGGACCUUGCUCAGUGGAAUCUGUACAGGGAUGUGAUGUUAGAGAAUUACAGCAACCUGGUGUUCCUGGGUCUUGCUUCCUGUAAGCCAUACCUGGUCACAUUUCUAGAGCAAAGACAAGAGCCUUCAGAUGUGAAGAGACAAGCAGCUACGACCAUGCACCCAGGGGGAACGCCCUAUAAAUGUCAAGAAUUUGACAAGGCCUUUGAUUGGAACUCACUCCUCCUUCAACACCAGAGAAUUCAUCCUGUGGAGAAACCCUACAAAUGUGAAGAAUGUGGUAAGGUCUUUAGUGCUCACUCAGCACUUUCUAUACACCAGAGGAUUCAUACAGGAGAAAAACCCUACAAGUGUGAGGAGUGUGGCAAGGCCUUUAGUACUCGCUCUGCACUUUAUAUACACAAGAAAAUUCACUCUGGAGAAAAACCCUACAAGUGUGAGGAAUGUGCAAAAGCAUUUUAUUUCCCUUCAUUACUUAAGCAACAUCAAAGAACUCAUUCUGCAGAGAAUCUCUGCAAAUGUGAAGAGUGUGGCAAAGCCUUUUAUUUACCUUCAUUCCUCAAGCAACAUCAAAGAAUUCAUUCUGCAGAAAACCCUUACCGGUGUGAAGAAUGUGGUAAAGCCUUUUCAUAUCCCUCAACCCUAAAGCAACAUCAAAGAAUUCAUUCUGGAGAGAAACCGUACCGUUGUGAAGAGUGUGGCAAAGCCUUCCGUAGAUCUACAUACUUUCACCAACACCAAAGAAUUCAUACUGGAGAGAAACCCUAUCAGUGUGAAGAGUGUGGGAAAACAUUUUACUAUCGUUCGAACCUGAAGGGACAUCAAAUUAUUCAUUCUGGAGUGAAACCCUUCAAGUGUGAAGUAUGUGGCAGCAUGUUUAGAACUAGCUCAGACCUUUCUAAGCACCAGAGAAUUCAUGCAGAAGUGAAGCUCUACAGCUGCGAGGAAUGUGGAAAAGCCUUUUCUACUCAUUCAUACCUCAUUCGGCACAAACUAGGCCAUUCUAGAGAGAAACCAUACAAAUGUGAAGAGUGUGGAAAAACGUUUUGUUAUCCUUCAAUCCUUAAGGAACAUCAAAGAAUUCAUUCUGGAGUGAAACCCUACAACUGUGAAAUAUGUGGCAGCAUGUUUAGAACUCGCUCAGAACUUUCUAAGCACCAGAGAAUUCAUGCUGAAGUGAAGCUCUACAGUUGUGAGGAAUGUGGAAAAGCCUUUUCUACUCAUUCAUACCUCAUGCGUCAUAGACUUGGUCACUCUGGAGAGAAACCCUACAAAUGUGAAGAAUGUGGCAAAUCAUACAGCUACCCUUCACUCCUUAAGGAACAUCAAAGAAUUCAUUCUCAAAAUCCGUACAAGUGUGACGUGUGUGGGAAGGUUUUUUGUACUCGCUCAGGACGUUCUAAACACCAGAGAAUUCAUACUGGAGAGAAACCUUACAAGUGUGAAGAGUGUGGGAAAGGCUUCUCUACUCAUUCAUACCUUACUCUGCACAAAUUACUCCAUACUGAAGAGAAACCUUAUAAAUGGGAAGAAUGUGGCGAGGUAUUUUAUACUUGCUGAAGACUUACUAAAUACCAGUAAAUUCAUGCUGAAGAGAAACUCCACAAUUGUAAAUAAUGUGUCAAAACAUUACUUCAGGCUUUGAACUACACCAAAAAACUUCAUUCUGAAGAGAAACCUUAACUUUAUCAAUCUUUAAGGCAUUCAUUAAACACAAGGUACUUCCUACUGUAGAGAAACCCUACAGAUAUGAAGGAUGUGGCAGAACAUUUUACUGUACUUCACACUUUAAGGAACAUCAAAGGGCUCAUUCUCAAGAGAAUCCCUUCAAGUUUGAAGUGUGUGACAAGGUAUUGUGUGGUACCUGGAACUUUGUCUAAGGGAGUGUUUAUUCCCUUAACUCAUUCAUCCCUGAAUCUAAUCAGUCUUGGCAAAGUUCAGGGUGUUUGUUUGUUAGGUUGUGAUCAGACCUGUUGGAUGUGAGAGGAACCAUCUUUCUUGGACUAGGAUCCUGGAUUGUAUAAAAGGAGAAAGUGAACUGAGAACAACCAUCCGCCUUUCUCUGCUUCCUGGCGACAUGAGCAGCUACUGCUGCCCUAACUUCCUCCCUGUGAAUCCCAGUGUCAUGGUUUGAAUGAGAAAUGUACUCUGUAGUCUAGGCAUUUGAACAUUUGUUCCCUAUUUGGGGAGAAUUGGGAGUAGGUCACUAGAGGUGAACUUUGAGAAUAAAAAAAGCUCCCUCUACAUCCAGGUUGCUCUCUCUGCUUCCUGCUUGCCUUUGAGGAUGUGAACUUUCAGCUUCCUGCUUCAGUCACCUGCAGCUUCUUGCCAUGCCCUUCCUCUAUCAUGGACUUUGAUCCCUUCUGUAACAUAAAGUCAUUCCUCCAUAAGUUGCGUUGGCCAUGGUGUUUAAUCACAACAGAAGAGUAACUAAUAAAAGCAUUGCUCUUGUAUCAUGAGCAGUAUUAAACUGUUUCUCCUGA